GUUCGAGCAUGCCCUUUUGCGACGAGGCUGCUGUACCACGACGUUGUGGCGUUACCAUCACUGCGACCGCGACUGGGACAUGAGCGACGCACCAUUGGCAUUUGCGAAAGAGCGAGCAUUACGACUACUGGGGCUGCCGUGAUCGACGGACGACUACGCUCGGGGAUUAAAACAGGUGGACCUGUGCGGAGCGGGAUAUGUCUGCUAAGAUGCACGUCGUGAGCGCCGUCUUAGAAGCGCGAUCAAGUAUGGGGUUGCCAAAUCGGGCUCAAGUUGCCCAAAGUUUUCUGAACCCCUACAUCUACGACCCUUCUUACCCCCUGGCUAUAACAGGCGCAAUUGUCGUCCUGUUGCUCUCCACGUACUCCAUCUACCAGUAUGUCCGCCACAAGGCGUACUUCUUCUGGGCGGCCAUCAUCGCCAUCAUCAUGCUCGAUCUGGGGUUCAUAUGCCGCCUAGUAUCGGCCUACGACGAGCACAGAGAGUCACCCUUCCUCGCAUCAUGGCUCAUGAUCUUGCUCGCCCCUAGCUUCCUUGCUGCAGCGUGCUAUACGGCAUUCAGUCGCGUAGUCUGGUUUUCCUGCCCAACCCACGCGCUCAACUUCAAAACGCUGUGGUGCUUCCCUAGGUGGAUCACCGCCAACUUUGUGUGUUUCGACCUCUUCAGUUUCCUCAUUCAACUCGUCGGCGCGAGUCAGAUCAGUCGGCAGUACGAUGAAGACACGCAAGGGAACCGGACCAUUGCUACCUCUGAACGAAAAGCGCUGCCUGGCCGGAUUAUCCUCAUCAUGGGUCUGGUGAUGCAACUGCUCUGUUUCCUCAGCUUCUCCAUCAUCAGCAUGCGGUACUUCUACAUUAGUCGGCACUGGGCUGCACACGACCUUGGAGAUUUGCACCUUUGGCGGAAACUAGGGUAUACCAUAAACCUCUCAUCGGUUCUCAUCGCCUGUCGGGCCCUCUAUCGCACCAUCGAGAUACCACACGAUCGCAAUUAUGGGCUGGCAUACCUCCAGAGUCACGAAUGGUGUUUCUGGGUCUUCGAUGCCGCGCCCAUACUUGCUGUGCUGGUCGUAUUUGCAGUAUGGCAUCCGGGUCGUUAUCUACCGAGAAGCUACACAGGGUGCAGGCUGGAUAAGGGCAGGGCUGUCAAAGAGAAGGAUGAGAUCAGUUCGAUGAACGGUGGCAGUAGUGGACGGGAGACCGAGCUGAGAGAUUUCAAGCCCGAGGACUUCCAAUCUGGAAGGGUCGCGACGAACGUGUAAGAUUUUGAUACACGGAUGAAAAGGUUGUUUGUUCAUGAUACCAUUGCAUUUAGCGGGAGGCGCUCUGAAGCGCCAUCGGGAUGAUACCAUACUCAAUGACAUAAUUGCAUGCCUACCCUCUCUGGAUCUUUCAAUUUGUGGCUCUUUGCAGCAUCUGUGUUGGUAGCCUUGUGCUCCCUUCUAAGUACUCUUGCACCUAGCAUC